ACCCGACAACAUGAUGCUCACAUUCCUCUCGCUCGUGAUAGCAUGCGUCACAAGCGCUCUGAUGAGCUCCCUCGAUACGUGAGCGGCAGCAAAAAACCCAUAUUCGAAUGGCCUCGCCGCUCCCGAUUGUUCGCAGUUCUGGGCGUGCUCUUCCUAUACUGGAUCUUCCACUCCACUCGUAAGUCUGCCCUGAACAAGGGCGACAGGAAUGGAGGAGUCAAUUGGUCGCGGUAUGCAUACAGUCUAUAUGCGACGGAUAGCGCGACGCUCUGCCACGCAGUUCUAAUCUUCGACGCGCUGGCGAAAUUCGGCAGUAAGGCCGAUCGAGUGCUCUUCUAUCCGAAAUACUGGGACACGGUGAUUACGAACUCGCGGGAUAGAGAUAGCCAGUUACUCGUCCUAGCGCGAGAUACGUACAAUGUUAAACUUCAGCCGGUGAAGCUGUUGACGGUUGAAGGGCGGACAACGGAUGCAUGGACAGGCACCUGGGACAAGUCCGUCACCAAAUUCCUUGCUUUCACACUCGCAUACUACGACCGGAUCAUCGCGCUCGACUCCGACAUCACGCUCCUCCAAUCCCUUGACGAGCUCUUCCAUCUCCCAUCCACACCGAUGGCUAUGCCGCGUGCAUACUGGUACGACACUAAACCCUGGCCGCUGACAUCUCUGCUCAUGGUCCUCCAACCCUCGCUAGCCGAGUUCGCGAAAUUCGAGGCAAUUAUCUCAGAUGGAGGUGCAGAGGAUCUUGUCAAAGCGAAUGUAUUUGACAUGGAGCUCGUCAACGACCGCUUCCGCGACUCCGCACUGAUCCUCCCCCAUCGACCGUAUGCGCUACUAACGGGAGAAUUCCGUCGACAUAAUCACUCCGCCUAUCUUGGCAAUCUCGACGAAGUGUGGGACGCAGAGAAGGUGUUGACAGAAGCGAAAUUCGUGCAUUUCAGCGACUGGCCACUGCCCAAACCCUGGAUUAUGUGGCCGCAUGAGGGACUGUCGGAAAUGCAGCCGGAUUGUGGAGGCGCCAGAGAGGCCAGCUGUGCAGAGCGUCGGAUCUGGAAGGGGUUGUAUGAGGAUUUUAGACAGAGGAGGAAGGAUGUUUGUAAGCUGUUGAGCGUGCCGGCACCGGAUUGGCGGAGGAUCAAGGGAGGGGUUCAUCCGAUGAAUGCUACGGAGGGGACACAUCAUGAGGCUCCCCAGGUGGAGGGGGCCAAGGAGGAGCAGCGUACGCCCGUAGCUGGACACGAUAUGUAAGGUACAUGGAGUAUAUCAUCUGGUGAUGGUGGCGUGAAAUGGCUCAUAUGUAAUGUUUGUUGUACACAGCCUUGUGUUAUUAGCUUUACGUUCAUUUAUCUCCUUAUCCCACAGCAAGC